AUGUUAGACACGAAUGCAGUCUUAAGAUUUGUUUUUGCAACGGUUGAAAUUGAGCCCAAGGCAGAUUCGCAAAAACCACCGGAAAGUCUUAGCAAUCAGAUGUCAAAAGAAACGAGGCUGUUCCUUGAACAACUCACGAAUGUAUACGUGUCGUUGCCGGUCGUUUUUGAGGUCGACUUCUUAUCGCUCAGGUCGAAUCGUAGUAAUGGACAGGGGGAGGAAGGUUCUGGAGGGGGUUGCUAUGCUAGAUUUCCUGGAGAAGACGGGGAACGUGGCCAUCUUUGA